AUGAAAAAGAAUAUCCAUUCCAAGUUUCUUCAACAACCAUGAAUCCACCUUCAACCUCACCAACUUCAUCUUCUCCUCCAAACACAUGCCAAGUCUUCAUAAGUUUCGCCACCGCUGACAGUAAAUUUGUUUCCGAAUUGGCCAAAGAGUUUAGGAAUAUCAGGCUAAGGACUUUUAUGAGCAGUGGUGAUGAUGGUGAGAUUAUACAUGAAGAUGCAAUGAAAAAGUCAAGGCAUUUUGUUGUUGUUCUAACAAAAGAUUAUGUCAAUUCCAUCAAGUGUUUGAGAGAGUUGAGCAGAAUAAUGGAAUACAAAGAUGAAGGUUAUGAAGAAGUCAUCCCUGUGUUUUACCAAGAUCCAUCUUGUUUGGUAAAGGAAUUACAAGAUUUUGGAAAGAGAUUAGAAGAUUACGAAGAAAUCAUAAAAGAAGAAGGAUUGAUUGAGUUCACCCACUGUUGGUUUCUGAAAACAGAUUUAGCAAAAAGGCUUAACAAAUCAUUUAGCGAAAAGGAAGAGAACAAGUCAAACCUUCUGAUGGAGGUUCCAAGAUGGAAAUUUGCUUUCCACCAAGAUGGAAAUUUGCUUUGGAAAGAAUCAACAAUUUGCCAAAAUCAAUAUUUGUAGGAGAAGAAAGCCUUGAAUCUGAUGUCAUAAAAGAAGUCACAGAAAUCAUCUAUAAAGUCAAAGCAUCUCCUAAACUGGUUGGAAUCUCUCCUCCAUUGCAUCAAAUGGAUAACCUUCUUGACUUAGGCUCAAAUGACAUACGUUUUAUUGGAAUAGUUGGAUUGGGUGGUAUUGGUAAAACAACCAUUGCUAAAGUUCUUUACGAGAAGCUUGAACAUAAGUUUAGGUACUGUUGCUUUCUUAGGGAUUUUGACCAAAAAUUAGUCUCAAUUCAAAAGAAACUACUUUUGAGACUAUGUGGGAAAUUUGACAUAGUAAUUAAGAAUGAGGAUCAUGGAGCAAAGUUGAUCAAGAAGUGUUUGAGGAACAAAAAGGUUUUGAUUGUUCUUGAUGGGGUUGAUGAAAGAAGACAAAUAGAAAAGUUAGUUGGAUCAAGUCAGGAUUGGUUUAGUCCAGGGAGUCGAAUCAUCAUUACCACUAGAAAUAGAAAUCUUUGUUGUCAACCUAAGUAUAAACAUAAAAUGUUGGAGUACAAUGUUGAAUUUCUCGAUCACCACAAUGCCUUCUCGCUCUUUUGCAAUCAUGCAUUUGGAGAAAAUCACGAGCCAUUGGAUGAGAAUUUUAGGUAUCUUGCUGAGGAGAUGGUAAAAAUGGUUGAAGGACAUCCGUUAGCUUUGAUUAAAAUUGGAUCCCAUCUACAUGGUAAAGAUAUAGACAAAUGGGAAGAAAGUUUAGAGAAGGUUCAUAAAUUACUUUACAAAUAUCUUUUCUGUGAGGUAUUCAGGACAAGUUAUGAAGAAUUAGAUGAUGAGAGCCAGCAAGUUUUUCUGGAUUUGGCAUGUUUCUUCAAUAAUGGGAUGAGUAUGGAUAGAGCGAUUGAAAUACUUGAGAGUUUCGGUUAUAGAUCACCCUACAAUAAGUUAAACUUGUUGACUCAAAGAAAUUUAAUUCAAGUUUCUCAUGGAAUGGUACAAAUGCAUACCUUGGUUCAUUGUAUGGGUCGAGGAAUUGUACAAGGUGAGAGAGAAACUCAAAGUAGAAUUUGGCUUCGAAAACAUAUCCGUCAUAUGUUUGGCAAAGAAAAGGGAUUAGAAGAUGUUGAAGGAAUAGUAGUUAUGGACAUGGAGGAAGAAGAAUUAGUAUUGGAUGCGAAGUCAUUUGCAUAUAUGAACAAGUUGAAGUUAUUAGAAAUCAACAAUGUGAGGGUUGAUGAAGAUAUUCAAUUUUUGUCAAAUAAAUUGGGAAUUCUCAGGUGGAACGGAUAUCCUUCAAAGUAUUUGCCCUCGACUUUUCAACCACAAUCUCUGCUUGAAUUGCACUUGCCCAAUAGUAAAGUUGUGCGACUUUGGGAGGGAAGAAAGGAAUUUAUUUGGUUGAAAGAGAUUGAUGUGAGUGGAUCAGAGAAUUUGGUUGAGACCCCUGAUUUCUCAAAGCUUCCAAAUCUCCAAAGGUUGAUAUUAAGGAACUGUGCAAGAUUGUGUGUCAUUCAUCCUUCCAUUACUACUCUCAACCCUCUUGUUUUAGUUGAUAUGUCAAAUUGUGUCAAUCUCAAAACAUUUCCAUCUAAACUAAUAACUUGCAAAAGACUCCAAACGUUGGUUCUUUCCAAUUCAGGCCUUAAAUCUUUCCCAAAGGUUGAAAAACCAACCAAAUCUUUAACUCAACUUCACCUUGAUGGAACUCUUAUACAAGACCUUCCUUCAUCAUUUGGACUUCUAACUCACUUAACUUUAUUGAACCUAAGGGAUUGUACUAAGCUAUCAAGUCUUCCAACAUCAAUUUGUAAACUGAUAUUACUUCAAACUCUCAAUUUGAAUGGCUGCAAAAACCUUCACCAAAUUCCUUUCACUUUGGGGACAAUACAAUCUCUUACCAUGCUUGACAUUGGGGGAACAUUUAUAGAUCAAGCACCAGAUGCUAUCAUUUGUUUAAGGAGUCUUGAAACUUUGAAUUGUGAAAGGCUAUCAAGAAAUAUUUGGUGGUCAUUGAGUAAUUUGGUUGGGAGUACUAAUGGUCUUUUGCCUAUUAGAGAUUUGAAUCUAAGUGAUUGCAAUCUUGUGGACGAAGAUAUUCCUGAUGAUAUCAAAUGUCUUUAUUUAUUGGAAAUUCUUGAUCUUAGCAAGAAUUCUUUUGUAAGGCUCAAACAAAGUCUCACUCAACUUACUAACUUAAAAGCAUUGUACUUGAAUGAUUGCUUUAACAUUCAGCCACAACUAUUGCCAAAGCUUCCAACAAGUUUGCAAUAUGUGGGAGGACAAAACUCGAAGGUUCUUAUGAAAGCAAAUUAAUCAACAUCCCCAUAGUCAAGUCCUCAGAAGACGGUCACCAAAAUUGAAAACGUUGAUGAGAUUGAAGAAGAGAAUAGGUGAAGCACAUUACAGAAUAAUUAAUACACAAAUUACUUCUUUCAUCAUUUCCAUAAUGUUUCAAUAUUUAGAAUUAACAUUAUAAUUCUAAAUAUUGAAAUAUUGUAGAAGUGAUGAAAGAAGAAGUAAUUCGAGAAUAGUGCAGCCUGAAGAAGUAGCUUGAUAAUAUUAAGGCCAGCAAAAUGGGAAAGCAAAUAUCAUAAUUGAGUACUCCAAAAUUAAAAGUGCUAACUUGCUCUUAUGUAAUUAAUAUGCAUUUGGAUAUCUUGACAAUCUCAAGAUAAGAAUGAACUCUGUACAGCUUUAAUAUUGAUUGUGAAAAAAGGCUGGAAGACUUCUAUUUGCU